AUGGAAGGGGACAAGACUGAAGAUGGCCAGGGUAUUCUACAACUUAAUGUGCAGGGAUGUUUGUACACAGCCAGGCUUCAGUCUUUAUGCCGUUUUAAGGAUUCAAUGCUAGCUUCUAUGUUUAGUGGACGCUUUCCUCUAAAAGUGGAUGAGUCAGGAGCAUGUGUAAUUGACCGAGAUGGAAGACUGUUCAAAUAUCUUUUGGAUUAUCUGCAUGGAGAAGUUCGGAUUCCUGAAGAUGAACAAACUCGAAUUGCACUGCAGGAGGAAGCAGAUUAUUUUGGCAUCCCUUAUCCAUACAGUCUGUCUGACCAUUUGGCCAAUGAAAUGGAGACAUAUUCUUUAACGUCAAAUAUAGAGCUUAAAAAGGCUUUGUUAGAUUUCUGUGACUCUUACGAUUUAGUUUGUACCAAGCCCACAGUUUGGGUCCUGCACUAUCUCAACACUUCUGGAGCAAGCUGUGAAAGCAGAAUUAUCGGCGUGUAUGCCACAAAAGCUGAUGGGACUGAUGCAAUUAAUAAGGAGCUGGGAACAAAAAUUAAUCAUAAAAGCAUUUACAAAAGGGAAGCUGGAAAUAACAUCCAAUACAUCUGGAGCUAUUUUUCAGUACCUGACUUAAGAAAGAUGAUGGAUGCUUUCAGUGCCUGGGAUGGGAUAGGUGUCAAGUACUGGAGAGUACCUCAGGAGCUGGUAGAAUGUUGGACUCUUGAAGAACGCCCUUUGGAAGCCAGUUUGCAUCAUAUGCCUCCAGUUAGUAAAAGACGAUUAAUCAACGUUACUGAAGAGGAAGGCAAUUUACCAUGUAAAGUGGGGCCCAAGCCAAUUAGAUUCUCAGGUCCCUCAACAAGUACCCAUAUCAAAGUCAAGAAUUCAGCCUCAUUAAAGGUAGCUGCUUGCCAUGUUUCGUGUUCUGCAGUGACUCCUAAAAGACCCAACACUGAAAAUGUGACACUGUGCAGAGUAGCUUCUGAAACUGUAUCCACAACGUGCCCAGCAGUGCCCAGUAAUUCCCAGGCAUCCUGCAGAAGGCAGGGUGCUGACAAGGGGACACCACAUCAAGCGACAUUCAAGAUCGCAGUGUCUAAGAAGCCUGUAAGCAACCGUGUAGUAAAGCUGAAGCGACCUCCCAUUUUUCUUGGGACACCAUCUCAGACAUCUUCUUCUAUAUCCAGUGAAACAAGCAAACAGGACAGUGCUGCUGUUGAAACUCCUACUACUUCUAUGGUACCAAACACGAAUGAACCAGAUGUAUUAGCAAAGCGUGUUAAGCCUAAGAAUGAUAAUGCUUGA